ACACUGUUGACAUGCGAACUUGAACAGUUUCUAGCGGUGGCUAACUGCUCGAAAUUCGUUGGGUACACAGUACAAAAGCCAUAUUGUCAUGAAAGCAGCAGUGCUUUCAUUGUUGAAUGUUAUCUUUUGCCUUUUUGUGUGUGGCUUUACAAAUCAGUCUUAACUCGUCCGUUAGGUUAUGUUCCAGUUAACACUCGAUAGUACUUGCCAUGUAUAUUCUGUCUAAGGUAAAAACAGUACCUAAAAAAACCCUGCCUGUUUCCUUGAACAAUGGUAGUAGAGGUAGAGAGCUUCUUCGGCGUGUACAUGCUGUACUGUAUUAAUCCUAAAUUCAAAGGCCGUAUCUACAUCGGCUUCACUGUGAACCCAGAGCGGCGGAUCGGACAACACAACGCUGGACGGCACAGAGGGGGAGCCAAAAGGACCAGUGGCAGAGGACCAUGGGAGAUGAUCCUAAUACUACAUGGCUUUCCUUCUGAUAUUGCUGCUUUGAGGUUUGAGUGGGCAUGGCAGCAUCCCCACUCCUCCAGGCGGCUCUCCCAUGUUUCUCGUCGCUCCAGAAAAGAGUCAAGCUUGCAGUUCCACUGGCGCGUUGUCUCCAACAUGCUGCGGGUGGCACCAUGGAGCAGGCUGCCUCUGACAGUCCGCUGGCUCAAACAGGAAUACAGGAUGGACUUUGAGCCCAGUCUUCAGCCUCCUCUGCACAUCCCCAUCACUUUUGGCAGUGUGAGGGCCAAGAAGAAGCUACCGCUACAGUCUGCAGGGGAAGAGGACACAUCCAGGUGUUUUCUCUGCAAGGGGCUGGUCAAGGUAUCAGAGAAGCUGAGCUGUUUCCACCCAUCCUGUGGGAUGAGCAGUCAUUUAAUCUGCAUUGCCAGAUGUUUCCUAAGGUCAGAGCCAUCCCACCUGCUACCAGUGGAGGGAGAGUGUCCAUCGUGUCAUCGCUCAGUGCUGUGGGGUAGCCUCAUCCGUCAUAAACAUGGCUGCUUUGGAGACCUGGAGGAGAUCACACCAUCUGCUUCCCAAAGCCACUGGGCAGAUGAACUGCAGAUAUGAACAAGUGGACCCUACAAAAGUGAAUUUCCUUAAUUUUUAAAAAUGUCACACUGUCUGAAUAUUAUAAGGACUAUGUGCAAUGGAGUUUGCUUUUUAACCUGAACAGGAGUGUAUAGAAACAUGAUUUAUUUUUAAUAUUUUGUCAUGAAUUUAGUCUUUUUAAUCAUGUUUGCAAAAGUAUUUUUAAAAUGUAUUACAUAUUUCUAAAAAAAACAUUUUUAAUUAAUUAUUUGACAAAUAAAAACAAUGUUUUAUACUUUACUGAUUUCAUAUUGGAGCCUACACAUGCAAAAAUGUGUUAAGUUAUUAAUUUAUUGUGAAUUAAUGUUGAUUUUGUUUUACUUUCUUGUCUUGUUAAUGCUGGUUCUUGUUGUACAGAAAGCAGAAUUAACAGCAAUAUUAAAGCCUGGUAACCGGUGA